UACAGUUCAAAGGAAAUGAGUUUUUAACGAGAUACUUCUUGUAAAAGGAAAAAAGAGAAAGAAAUUAGCCACGCAGCAUUAACCCACAUCGAUAUCACCGGUCCUGAGAGGCUCGCGUUUAAAUGCAGAUGCACCCUCGUGCUUUUCACGUCCUUGCCCUCGCACUGAUUGCGGUCGUAAGGGUCGGUUGUGACGAUAAAGCAAGAUGGUAUUCCGGAUUACGAUCUGUACUCCAAAAUUGCUCGCCGGAGUCCCGGAACAGUUCCGGCCAGGAUGAAUUACUGGAAAUUUUUAAAGGAUGUAUACAGCAAAGAAUUGUCGACACCCUGGAUGUCUUCCUCGACAAUGACAUUAUUCCGGUAUUCGAAGGAAUCGAUUUGAUACGAUUUCGUCCGAAUGACGACAACAGCACGAGAGAAUCCAAAUCGAAAGAUAACGCCAGCUGGUCGACAAUCAUUUGGAAUCAAUUGGCACGUGUUUUGCGGACUCACGCUUUCAAAGUUAACAUCGAACACAUGUUCAACACAACAUCGUCCGAGCUUGAUCAGAACAGUAAUAUCGUCCAAAGUAGAAGACGUCAUCGACGUCGUCACCGUCAUCAUCACUUUCUACCGUUCAUGAUGAUGGGCCUGUUGUUGAUGGGUUCGAUUCUAGUACCGAUGGGCUUUCAGUUUCUCGCAGUGCUAGGCGGCAAGGCUCUGAUUCUCGCCAAAAUGGCUCUUAUAUUGUCCAGCAUUCAGGGCUUGAAAAAGAUAGCCACGAGCGGUAUCAACUAUGGAUUAUACCACGUUCAUGACAGGAGCCAUCAAGUGCUUCCCGAGGAAGAGAAUCAAUUCUUCGUGCCUCCGCAUCCUUAACUCUUCGUCAAAUAAGAAUCUUGAAGACACGAAUUAUUCAAGAAGAGGUUUGCGAUGCGCAUUGUAUUCCCGUCGAUAAAAUGAGGGAUAAAAGCGUAAGCAGUCGGCAUUAUUUUCUAAAAUUCUGAAUUAUUCAUAGCGAAAAGUCUUUGAAUUUUAUUAAUAAUCACGUACAUGUUAUCUCUUGUGCUCUAUUUUCUCCUUCAAAAUAUUUUUUAUCCAUCGCCGCACAUUUUGCCACGAGCUCUUCGAUUACGCAAAAAUAUUCUCCAAACCUCAUUUGAGAUGUGAAAUUAUACAUACAGCAUACGAGUAUAAUGUAUUAGAAUAUGUAUUUCUAGAAGCUAUACAUCGCCAAGACAGAUUUGAAAAGUAUCUUAGGAGGGUGAAAUGUCUUUCUUCCAAUCUGAAUUUCAGUAGAAUGCUAAUUCUAAUUGAUUGAAUUUAAUGAUUCUAUUCCCAAUUUAACGAAUUGGCGAUCACUCGCGCGCGAGAAGCCAAUAGAAAGUGUUUCAGGUCGUUGAUAUCCACGUGUUGAUUAAUCCACCACGGCAGAAUUGCAAAUCGGCGGUUGUAUUUAUUGUUGGAUAAAUAAAUGUUUACUGUGUUAUUUACAAUUUCCGCUUUGCGGCCAUCGUUUUAAUUGUAUCUAAUUUAAUUGUGAAAAAUUCGCUCGCGAAAUCGUUUUAUUCUGACACGCGCGAUUCUCGUGUCGAUUGAGAAUUGUUGUUUGUGCAUCUAGGAGGAAAAUUAUCAUUUUGAAGGAAUGUACAUGUAUAUCAUAAUGCGUCAAUCAAAACCAUGUUCAUUAACUGAUCGUAUCAUUUCUGUAUUUCCCCUGUAGAAUGCAAUGAUCGAGGAGACAGUUACAUAUGUCCGAGGAUCGUCCAUCUCCCGUUUGUUAAAUUCGAACAUAUGAUAAAGUCAGAUGAUAAAUCGCAGUUUUUUUUUAUUUAUUCAGUGUUACAUAAGGACGCGUCACUCUUCAUGAACUUCUAUAGACAACAGACAUGCAUACGCAAUGUCUACGAUUUACAUCUAAAUAGGUAGGGUGGUUUUAACGUUUAUAAGAUACUUUGGC